GAUAGUUAAUUCCAAAUAAAGCCUCUUGUUCUAACGUACUUGAAGAGCCCAUGACACUCAGUGAGGCAUCACCUAGAAACAAAACCGGUGUGACAGUUCAAUCGGGUGAAAAGCUAGUUCGGAAUCAGCUGAACAUGGAAAUUUCCAAAGACAAGACAUCAGGUGUAUUUAGUACGACAAACAACCGAGACUGUGUUACCUUCGACGAUGCUCUCUCGAUGACGAAGUUUGGUAAACUGAACUAUGUUUUAAUCGCCAUAUCGGGAACAGUGCUAACAGCAUUUCUGUUGGAAACCUUAGGCAUUAGUUAUGUCAUAGCUGUAGCCCAAUGUGAUCUACAACUAACUACCAAAGAGAAGGGAAUACUCAGUGGGAUUGCUUUCCUAGGAGUCAUCGUCACUUCACAUCUGUGGGGAUUCUUGGCUGACACAAAGGGCCGUAGGAAGGUGAUUGUUCCGACACUAUGUCUGAGUUUCGUCACAUCCGCUCUGUCCAGUCUUGCAACAGGAUUCUGGUCGAUUGUAAUUUUACGUUUCCUUGCUGGUUUUUUCAUUUCAGGUUCAUCGGCAACCAUCUAUGCCUACCUUGGUGAGUUUCAUAAUAAUCGAAACCGAUCACGUGCCAUUAUGGGUGCUUCUUUCAUCAAUGGAAUCGGUUGUUUGUUACUGCCAGGAAUUGCGUACCUCGUAGUCAAUCACGAGUGGGAAUUUACUAUUCCAGUGCUAAGCAUUGUCUAUCGUCCAUGGCGAUUGUUUCUCGUUGUUUGUGGUUUACCAAGUCUAGUCUGUGGUUUAGCCUUACUUGGUCUACCAGAAAGUCCGAAGUUUGUACUACACCAGGGAAAUAUGCAGGCAUCGAUCGACACAAUUCGGUGGAUGCAUCGUGUUAACAACGGCAAAACUGUUCUGCCAUUGUCGAUUGAUCGGAUUCUCGCGGACGAAGACGACAAGCAAUUCGAAGAACGCUGUGGUGUUCUGAGCAAAUCCAAAGGAUUCCGCGCUAAGAUAGAACUGGUUUGGGAGCAAACUGCUCAUCUGUUUCGUAAACCUUAUUUUAAUAUAAUAGCUAUCGUGUGUUUCCUACAUUUCGGAACAUACUUCACUUCACACGGCAUGUACAUGUUCUUCCCGGAGAUUCUAAAUCAGAUGGUGGAAUCGACGGCCGCCGGUGUUAGGGAGGCCACUGUGUGCAAUGUUGUUUAUAGUCACAUUAAUCAAACUGCUACAGCACCAGACGAUGAUCAAAUUUGUACUCCUCAAAUGCUGGAAGCUGCUACGUACGGACUUUCGUUCAUGCUUGAAGUGAUCUACGCCUUAGGCUUCGCAUUGAUCGGCUUAGUCAUCAACGCGGUGGGAAAGCUAUCGAUUCUGGUGUUCGUAUUCGUGAGCUGCGGCUUAUCGGCGGCGUUGAUAGUUCUGGUAGCUGUUCCACAGGUUGGUAUGGGACUUUACAUGAUUCUGAUGAUGUCAGGUUUCUGCGGAAGUGUAGUAAGCGCUGUCAUUGUGGAUCCUUUUCCAACAAAUUUGAGAGCAAUGGCUGUCUGUAUUGCGUUGAUGUUCGGCCGAUUAGGAGGCGUCAUAAGAGCCAACAUGCUAGGAUUGUUACUGGACACUCACUGUGAGUGGACUUUUGCGAUUUCUGGUACUAUUUUGGGGAUUUGUGCGCUGCUAUCGUUCUUCCUACCGAACAUCAAUGUGUGUACAAGAAAAACCAUCGAACCACCAUCGGCGGUGUCGUCCUCAAAAGAAGAAAGCUGAUUUAAAAUAAAAUUAUUUGUGAUUCUCAUAACAUUCUAUGUUUGUUGAUGAAAUGUUAACAUUUGUGGAAUUGCUGUUUAUCUACAAUUUUUUUCAAUUACACCUCCCAAUCAACAAAGAAUCUUAUUCCAGCAAAUAACACAUAUCGGUCGAAUACAGGGUGCGUACGAUAUUCGAGGAUAAAUCGGUAUGAAAAAUUAUUUAUUCAUACUUUUGGCAAAAUUUAUUAUAAUUCCAUGAAGUUUUAACAAAACGCUUACUCUUGUACAACGUUACACUGGCUCCGAGUAAAACAAACACGUGGAAUGCACCCUAGACAACAGCUCAUAAAAACAAGAAACUAAUAAACCAACUCGCAUGGGUGUCUUAGUGCGACCCGAGAAAGAUUUCAGAACGAAACUACGCGAUUGGAGCAAAGAUAAACUCAACAUUACAAUGUCUCAUACAGUUCAUAAAAAAAAUGUUGGAUCAGCAAUCGUGAACCAGGGAACUUAUGUCGUUUUCGUUUUUAAAUUGCACUACACUGGUGUAGCGAAAGCUGCACUGAAACCGUUCGUUUUUACCAAUUGCACUACACCAGUGCUACACUUUUUCUGCACCGAUACCACUGGUGUAGCACUCAUCAAAAGUUUGGUGUAGCUCUGUGCAAUGGAAUCGUUUAUUGUAGUCAAUGGUUACUGUUUAUGUUUUCGUCAUUUUUGUUCGUUUAUUCAUGCCUCAGUGUAGCACUGCACCGGUGUAGUGCAAAUUAAAAACGAAAACGCCAUUAGUAAUAAUGCAAUGCUGUUGACCCUUCGUUAAUAAGCGCCGAUAAACAUUGGAAAACGACGGUAAAAUUCCAUAGCAACAAUACAUGUUUGGAAGGAAGUAAACAUACGUAAACAUAUCGCACACAAUAUUUGGUUACUUCCAUUUACUUUAAUGCCUCGAAGACAAAUUAUACAGAUUCUUAGUAAUAGUUCUAAUUGAAUCUUGCUUUCCUGUUUCAAGAUUCACUCGAUAUACGGCAAAAUACCGGAACUUAAGUUUAAUUCUACACAAACAAACAUUGUCAUAGUUACGACGCGAUUCGACGCUUGUUGUUUUGUUUCUAAUAAUAAUUGAACUGCAACUGACGGUGAACCGAUUUAAUCGAGGGGUCCAAUUGGAAUGGUAUAUGAAAAAUCAUAGACUGCUCCAUCUUGAGUUUAUCCUUGAUUGGAGUCCGAUCUAGAGCGACCCCAGGUUGCUAAAACAAACAUCUCAAAAGUUGUUUGGGUGACUCUGGGUCAGCUUUCGGGCUGCUCUGAUCAGUAAACGAAAAUGGUAUUAGACUAUAUACUUAUUUAAUAAAAAAUUCUUUGUUUAUGUUGAUAAUUGUGGUUAUUAAAGCAUCCUUGAAAUAGUGUUAUGGGAAUGUUUAUUGGUCUCUCGUUCAACUACGUAAUAAUCAAGGGGGUUAAGGAUCCAUGAAGAUAUCAAAAUCUGAUUAUGAUAGCAACAUCAGAUUGAAAUUUUCAUAUUAUUUCACUUCAUCAACUUUUCAAUUGAUAACACAUUAUGUUAUCAAUUUGCCGUUUGCUUCUGGAGCAACAAUUUAAUGAAUACAUUAAAAUAGGACUAAUUUUAUAAGGCGAUACAUAAAUGCAAAAGUGACUACGUGACUGGUGUUUCAGAGAUCUACUCUGUCUACUAUCAGAAGCUUUCGAGCGCUUUAGCACCGCUUGGUGAGUGAGUUCUUAACUAACUAAUGUUCUUCAUAAUGUAGAUCUUGACGUCACGAAUAACUUUUCACAGAGGAAAAAUUUUAGGUGACCUUCUCCCAACAGUCAUAAAAUGACAUCUCCAACAGCUUCAAAAGAAUAACAACGACGAAAAAAUUGAUGAAGAUGCGAUUUAGGAACCAACUGGCUCCGAAGCAAUGCUGGAUAGUUAUGAGAACGCUUCUUUUCCUAGGAAAAAAGGUCGCGGUUGAUGCACGAAUAGGAAACAGUCGAGUGGAAAAAACAGCAAUUUUUGUAACAAAUGUUGAUAUAAGUCUGGUCCCGUUAGUAGUUAAAAAGACAAAAUUACCUGCUUCUGAUAUAAUGACGACUACACAGUUGUUACAUUAGACUUGAAUUCUUUUACUAGUUAUCACAUUACCGAACAGUUCCUCGCAACAUCCGGAAUUUCGCAGAGAAGCCAUCUCAGACUAAUAAUAAUUGCACUGUACUUCAACGAUGUCAACUUUUCUCCGCAAGGUCCUAUGCAAUCGUUUGCUGAUUUGCAUGAUCUUUCAUUGUUAUUAUUAAAAUUCUCGUGUACUUGAACGAUAUCUUUUUUAAUUCUGAAAAUUGUUGAUUUCUUUUAAUGUAUUUUUUUCAGAAUGUUGAACACCGAAAAACUAGAUGUUCUAGU